GGUGCUCAUUAAAUGGCAUCUCUGGCUCAUUCAUGACGUCAUGAGGGGAGAAGGACUCACCAGACAUUUCAGGUCUGAUUCCUUUCCAGGAGACGUCCCCAAACCCUCCAUCUGGGCUGACCCAGGCCCCAUCGUCACCAACGGGAGCUCUGUGACCAUCUGGUGUCAGGGGUCUCUGCAGGCUAGUGUCUACCUUCUGUAUAAAGAGAGGGGCUCUGAGCCCUUGGAUACCAGGAUCCCACAGGACUCCAGCAACAAGGCCGGUUUCCUCAUUGGAGCCACAACCCCAUCCUACGCAGGGCUGUACCAGUGUGCAUAUUACAGCACUGGGGACAUACUGUCUCAGAGGAGUGACCCCCUGCUCCUGGUGGUGACAGGAGUGUACACUGCACCCUCCCUCUCAGCCCAGCCAAGCCCUGUGGUGGCCUCAGGAAGGAACGUGUCCCUCUCCUGUAGCUCACAGUUCACAUCGGGCCCUUUCCAUCUGCUGAAGGAGGGAGGGGCUGACCCACCCCAACACAUGGAAGCAGAACUGAGGAUGCAUGCUGGCAGGUCAAAGGCCCAAGCCAUCUUCCCUCUGGGCCCUGUGAGCACCUCCCAUGGGGGGUCCUACAGAUGCUAUGGUUCUUCCAGCUCCUACCCCAACGUGUGGUCACAGCCCAGUGCCCCUCUGCACAUCGAGGUCACAGGUGUGCACAGGGAGCCCGCCCUCUCGGCCCAGCCAGGCUCGCUGGUGCUGCCUGGACACAACCUGACCCUCCAGUGCCACGCGGAGGCCGGCUUUGACACAUUCGCUCUGACCAAGGACGAGGGGCUCACACACCCCCAGCGCCUCCAUGGGCAGCACAGCCCCCACUUCCCCCUGGGCCACGUGAACUGCACCCACGGGGGCCGGUACCGAUGCUACAGUGGACACCACCUCUCCUCUACGUGGUCAGCCCCCAGCGCCCCCCUGGACAUCCUGGUGGCCGGAAUGUACACAAAACCCUCCCUCUCAGCGCAGCCGGGACCCUCAGUGCCCAGGGGAGCGACCGUGACCCUGCAGUGUGGGUCUGAGAUCUGGUUUGACACCUUCCACCUGCACAGGGAGGGGUCACUGGACCCUCCCCAGCACCUUCAUCAGCAGAACACGUCUGAACCAUCUCAGGCCAACUUCACCCUCAGUCCUGUGACCUCAGGCCACCAGGGGACCUACAGGUGCUAUGGCUCAAACAGCACCUCUCCCUACCUGCUGUCACAGCCCAGCGACCCCCUGCAGCUGGUGGUCUCAGAUCUCGAAUGGAAACUGAUAAUCCUGAUCGGGGUCUCAGUGGCCCUCAUCCUGCUGCUCUCCCUCCUCCUCUUCCUCUUCCCCCGAUUCCGGCGUCAGAGCAAAGGCAGUACAUCAGAUGCUGAUGUGACAGACCCGCAGACGGGAGAAUAUGGAGCUGGGCCUUCGGGUCGUCCUGAUGUGACUCACUCCUCCUGGUUUCCUUGUGACCUCAUGGCCCCUCCUUCGUGGCCCCCUGUGCUGGCCCCUCGUCCUCUGUCUGACCUUGAUAAGCCCCAGAACCAUAGAAGCAUCCAGACGCCCCAAGGCUCAGGAAGGCCCUGCAGAUUCCACCAGGAGAGGGACCUGAUCUAUUUAAAGUGUAAAUCAUCUCACAGGCAACAUGGGAAACAUGACCGGAGGCGCUGUCUCCAGCAGAACAGGCAGGAUGAAGACCCCCAGGGAGUGACGUACGCCCAGGUGAAACACUCAAGACCAAGACCCAGGCAGGGAAUGGCCACCUCUCCUUCCUCCCUGUCAGAGGAAUUGCUGGACACAAAGGGCUGACAAGCGGAAGAGGACAGACAGAUGGACAGUCUGGCUGCACCUGUACCCCAGGAUGUGACAUACGCCCAGCUGAACCUCUUGAUGGCAGACAAGUGCCCCCUCAUACUCCCAUCAGAGGAGCCCCGAGAAGAGCCCAGCUUGUAUGCUACUCUAGCCAUCCACUAGCCCAGGAAGGACCCAGACCCCACACUUCAGGGAGGGGGCCUGCAGGGACCCCAGAAGGCAUGGGUACUUGCCCAUGGACACUCAGCUAGUGACCCUAGCCUGUCUGGAGACCAGACCUGCUCCCCCGGCAGCCCCUGGCACCCUCUGGGAGUCCCUUGGUUCUAUAAGCAAUAUACCUACAUUUUGGAAUCAAAGCAAGACUUCUCAAUAAUCAAUGUGUGAACAUAGAACAAAUCAGAAGUGAGAGAAUGCUUUAAAUGAAUGACAAUGUAAAUAUCAUACAUCAAACCUAUGAAGUGGAAUAUAGAAACAACGUAAAUGUCCUUGAACUGAUAAUGGGAUAAAGAUCUGGGAACAUAUACAAAGAGAAUAUUACUCAGCCAUAAAAAAUGAAAUACUGCCAUUUGCCACAACAUGGAUGGAUCUGGAGAGCAU